CCCGUCGUUCUUCCGGCUUUCCAUCCGCCCCAGUUCCCAACACUCGCCCUCAACCCCCCACCCUCUCCGCUCCCACACAAUUCUGAUUUCAAUCUGUUUCCCUCACUGACACACACAAUCACACUCGCCCUAAGCCGACACGCCAUGGCUGCAGUGAGUGUGCUCCGCAUUGCUUCCCUUCUCUUGCUUCUCGGGGUGGCUAACGCUAGAAUCCCGGGCGUUUUCACCGGCGGUCCGUGGGAGACUGCGCACGCUACUUUCUACGGUGGCAGCGACGCCUCUGGAACUAUGGGUGGUGCCUGUGGAUAUGGCAAUCUCUACAGCCAAGGCUACGGAGUGAACACGGCCGCACUGAGUACCGCACUUUUCAACAAUGGGCUGAGCUGCGGUGCGUGCUUCGAGAUCAAAUGUGCCGACGACCCCAGAUGGUGCAACCCUGGCAGCCCCUCCAUCUUCGUCACCGCCACCAACUUCUGUCCCCCUAACUUUGCUCUCCCAAACGACAACGGCGGCUGGUGCAACCCCCCCAGGUCCCACUUCGACCUCGCCAUGCCCAUGUUCCUCAAGAUCGCCGAGUACCGUGCUGGAAUCGUACCCGUCGCUUACCGCCGGAUCUCAUGCAGAAAGCAAGGAGGGAUCAGAUUCACAAUCAACGGUUUUCGUUACUUCAACUUGGUUUUGGUGACCAACGUCGCGGGCGCAGGGGACAUCGUGCGGCUGAGCGUGAAAGGAUCUAACACUGGGUGGCUGAGCAUGAGCCGCAACUGGGGUCAAAACUGGCAGUCCAACGCUGUUUUGAUUGGCCAGUCGCUUUCCUUCAGGGUCACGGCCAGUGAUCGCCGUACAUCCACUUCAUGGAACGUGGCACCAUCUCAUUGGCAGUUCGGCCAAACUUUCACCGGGAAGAAUUUCCGAGUCUAAAGAGUCUUUUUUAUUUUUAAAUUUGCUUCACAUCUUCUUCUGUUAAACUUGGCCGCCGCCAAAUUUCCUUUAUUUUCCCGGGAAAAAGUUGGUGGUGGUGGGAGAGUUAAAGACUUGAAAGUAAUAGAUUCCAAAAUGUAAUGGUUGAUUUUGGGUAGGAAGGAUAAUAUAUAUAAAAGGAAAAGAGACGGUGAAAAUGGUGAUAGGUAGGCAAAAGUCACUGAAUUGUGCAACUUUUUAUUUUAUUUUUAUUUUUUGAGGACUUUGAAAGGUGUGUCUGACUGUGGCUAGUAGUGCUGGUGAAUUUGAAAUCCAGCAAUGGCUGAAGCGUGCAUGUAGCCCGCAGCCUUAUUGUGCUACUUUUUUUCAAUUUUUCUUUGAUGAUUUUUGCAUUAAAUAGUCGAUGCUUGGGUUGUUUGGAA